CACCGAAACUGAUCGGUAGUAUCUUUUAUUAUUUUUCCCCCCCCUCUCCCAAAAGUAAUUUUAUUUCGCUCCUGGUCGUAGUCUGCUCCCGAGAUCAACAUGUUGGACCCGUCAUCCAGCGAGGAGGAAGGGGACGAGAUAGUGGAAGUGCAACGCAAAGAGGCGACGGCCCCAAAGAGUGGAGGUGCUCGGCUGUCACCCAGCCGAACAGCCGACAGCGGCGGUGCGCUGCAGCCGCCGAGCCGCGGCGGCGGCUGCGGCCGCCCCUCCAGCCCCAGCCCGUCGGUGGCCAGCGACAAAGAGAAAGACGAUCUGGAGAAGAUGCAGAGGGAGGAGGAGGAGAGGAGGAAGAGGCUCCAGCUUUACGUGUUUGUGAUGCGUUGCAUUGCAUAUCCGUUUAACGCAAAGCAACCCACCGAUAUGGCCAGGCGUCAGCAGAAGAUCAGUAAACAGCAGUUGCAGACAGUUAAGGAGCGCUUCCAAGCCUUCCUCAAUGGAGAGACCCAGAUCGUGGCCGAUGAGGCUUUCAUCAACGCAGUCCAGAGCUACUAUGAGGUGUUCCUGAAAAGUGACCGUGUGUGUCGGAUGGUGCAGAGCGGCGGCUGCUCAGCCAGCGACUCGCGGGAGGUUUUUAAGAAGCACAUAGAGAAGCGUGUGCGUAGCCUACCCGAGAUCGAUGGGCUGAGUAAAGAGACAGUGCUCAGUUCCUGGAUGGCCAAGUUUGACACCAUCUACCGCGGGGAGGAGGACCCCAGGAAGCACCAGCAGAGGAUGACGGCCAGCGCUGCCUCCGAGCUCAUCCUCAGCAAGGACCAGCUCUACGAGAUGUUCCAACAGAUCCUGGGCAUCAAGAAGUUUGAGCACCAGCUCCUCUAUAAUGCCUGUCAGCUGGAUAACCCUGAUGAGCAGGCGGCCCAGAUCAGAAGGGAGCUGGAUGGACGGCUGCAGAUGGCUGACCAGAUUGCCCGGGGCGGGAAAUUCCCCAAGUUUGUGUCCAAAGAGAUGGAGGCCAUGUACAUAGAUGAGCUGCGCUCCUCCGUCAACCUACUGAUGGGCAACCUGGAGAGCAUGCCCGUCUCCAAGGGCGGAGAGUUCAAGCUGCAGAAGCUGAAACGAGGCCACAACACCUCCAUCAUGGACAUGGGCCAGGAGGAUGAGAACACACUAUCCAAGUCGGAUGUUGUGCUCUCCUUCACCCUGGAGGUUGUGAUAGUGGAGGUGCAAGGGCUGAGGUCUCUGGCACCAAACAGGAUCGUUUACUGCACUAUGGAGGUGGAGGGUGGACACAAGCUCCAGACAGACCAGGCGGAGGCCUCUAAGCCUACUUGGGGUACCCAGGGGGAUUUCACCACCACCCAGCCCCUGCCUGCUGUCAAGGUCAAGCUGUUCACCGAGAGCACCGGCGUGUUGGCUCUGGAGGACAAGGAAUUGGGACGGGUCGUCUUACACCCGACCCCCAACAGUCCUAAGCAGUCAGAGCUCCACAAGAUGACUGUGUCCAAAGGCUGUCCAGACAGCGACCUCAAAAUCAAACUGGCUAUCCGGAUGGACAAGCCACAAAACAUGAAGCAUUGUGGGUACCUUUGGGCUAUCGGCAAGAAUGUGUGGAAAAGAUGGAAGAAGAGAUUUUUCGUACUCGUCCAGGUGAGCCAGUACACCUUCGCCAUGUGCAGCUACAGAGAGAAGAAGGCCGAGCCUGUGGACCUUCUCCAGCUGGACGGUUACACUGUAGACUACACCGACCCCCAGCCAGGACUUGAUGGAGGUCGAACGUUCUUCAACGCUGUGAAAGAGGGCGACACUGUGAUUUUUGCCAGCGAUGAUGAGCAGGAUCGUAUCCUGUGGGUGCAGGCCAUGUACCGGGCCACAGGCCAGUCUCACAAGCCUGUUCCUCCAACCCAGGUCCAGAAGCUCAACUCCAGGGGCGGUACAGCCCCACAGCUCGAUGCGCCCAUCUCCCAAUUCUACGCGGACCGGGCGCAGAAGCACGGCAUGGACGAGUUCAUCUCAGCUAACCCCUGUAACUUUGACCAUGCUUCUCUGUUUGAGCUGGUGCAGCGUCUUACCUUGGACCACAGACUCAAUGACUCAUACUCCUGUCUGGGUUGGUUUAGUCCUGGCCAGGUGUUUGUCAUGGACGAGUACUGCGCCCGCAACGGGGUCCGCGGCUGCCACAGACACCUCUGCUACCUGAGCGACCUGCUGGAGCGAGCCGAAAAUGGCGCCAUGAUCGACCCAACUCUGUUGCACUACAGCUUUGCCUUCUGUGCUUCGCAUGUACACGGAAACAGGCCUGACGGCAUCGGUACGGUGACAGUGGAAGAGAAGGAGCGCUUCGAGGAGAUCAAAGAAAGGUUACGGGUGCUGCUUGAAAACCAGAUAACACACUUCAGGUACUGUUUUCCCUUUGGUCGCCCAGAAGGAGCGCUGAAAGCCACUCUUUCUCUGCUUGAAAGGGUGCUGAUGAAAGAUAUUGUCACUCCAGUGCCUCAAGAGGAGGUCAAGACUGUGAUACGUAGAUGUCUGGAGCAGGCCGCACAGGUCAACUACCAACGCCUGUCAGAGUAUGCCAAACUAGAAGGGAAAAAGAGAGAGAUGUAUGAGCAUCCUGUCUUCUGCUUGGCGUCUCAAGUGAUGGAUUUAACCAUUCAGAAUGUAGGGCGGUUAGUCACCCCUGCCAAAAAACUGGAGGACACAAUUCGCCUGGCUGAGCUGGUGAUUGAGGUUCUUCAGCAAAAUGAGGAGCACCAUGCUGAGGCUUCAGGUGCAAGCAGUGGAAAACAGGCGGGAAAAGAGGCCUUUGCAUGGUGGUCAGACCUGAUGGUGGAGCAUGCAGAGACCUUCCUGUCGCUCUACUCUGUGGACAUGGAUGCCGCUCUCGAGGUGCAGCCACCUGACAGCUGGGACAGCUUCCCUCUCUUCCAGCUGCUCAACGACUUCCUGAGAAUGGACUACAACCUGUGCAAUGGGAAGUUCCACAAACACCUGCAGGACCUCUACGCUCCCCUGGUGGUACGAUAUGUGGAUCUAAUGGAGUCCUCCAUCGCUCAGUCCAUCCAUAGAGGCUUUGAAAGAGAGUCCUGGGAACCCGUCAAGAGUAUAACAAGUAAUCUCCCCAAUGUCAACCUACCAAAUGUCAACCUCCAAAUGCCUAAAGUACCAAAUCUAACAGUGCCAAGUGUUAACCUCCCACACAUGCCCAGCUUUUCUACGCCCAACUGGAUGGCAGCUAGUCAUGACUCAGAUAAUGGCUCAGGGACGUCAGAGGACCUGUUCUGGAAACUGGAAGCGCUGCAGACCUUCAUUAGAGAUCUCCAUUGGCCCGAGGAGGAGUUCGGCAAACACCUGGAGAGCCGACUCAAACUUAUGUCCAGUGACAUGAUCGAAUCCUGUGUGAAACGGACGCGGCUGGCUUUUGAAGCCAAGCUUCAAAAGAGCAGCCGAACCACCGACUUCCGCGUACCGCAGUCUAUCUGCACCAUGUUCAAUGUGAUGGUGGAUGCCAAGGCCCAGUCAGCCAAACUGUGCGCUAUGGAACUGGGUCAGGAGCGACAAUACCAUUCCCAAAUUGACAACCUCAUUGACGAGACUGUUAAAGAGAUGACGACUCUGCUGGUGGCGAAGUUUGUCGUCAUUCUAGAAAGUGUCCUUGCCAAGCUUUCCAGAUAUGAUGAAGGCACACUAUUCUCCUCCUUCCUAUCUUUUACAGUGAAAGCUGCCUCCAAGUAUGUAGAUGUACCUAAGCCAGGAAUGGACGUGGCAGACGGAUAUGUGACGUUUGUACGACACUCCCAGGACAUGUUGCGGGAUAAAGUCAAUGAGGAGAUAUACAUAGAGCGAUUAUUUGAUCAAUGGUACACAAGUACCAUGAACCUUCUGGGAACAUGGCUGACUGAUCGUAUGGACCUACAGCUUCAUGUGUAUCAGCUGAAGAUCCUUAUUAGGAUUGUAAAGAAAAAGUAUCGUGAUUUUCGGCUACAGGGGGUCCUGGACUCAACUUUGAACAGUAAGAUGUACGAAACAGUGCGGAAUCGGCUAACUCUGGAAGAGGCCACUGCCUCGGUGAGGGAAGGAGGGAUGCAGGGAAUAUCCAUGAAAGACAGCGACGAAGAGGAUGAUGACAAUAACUAG